AACCUUCCCAUACCAAAAUUAGUCCAAAACCCCGCAGCGAAACACGCCGUUCUUUCCAUCCAGGUAGACGAAAACAGAAAACGGCGGCGUUUUUUGCGUAGUCGCCCUCGCAAUCGCAGCUGCUCUGGUCUCUAAACCCCAGAGUCGUCGAGUCUCCACCGCACGAACCAAUACUCUCUCUUCUCUGUGUUUUGGUUUGAGAGAAUGGCUUCGUCUUCGUUUUCGGUUUCGGCUUCUCCAGGGGUUACAGAACGAAGAGGAAUACCAGGUGCUCAAUUCGUUGAGGACGUUCAGACCUAUCUCACCCAAUCAGGUCUCGACGUUAACUCUGCUCUUGCUUUCCUCCAAGAAAGACUACAGCAGUAUAAGUUGGUUGAGAUGAAACUUCUAGCUCAGCAAAGGGAUCUUCAGGCUAAGAUUCCUGACAUUGUAAAGUGCUUAGAUGUGGUUGCCACGUUGCAAUCUAAGAAGGGUACUGGUGAGGGACUUAUUACUGAUUUUGAAGUCUCUGAAGGCAUAUAUUCUCGAGCUCGCAUCGAGGAUACUGACUCAGUAUGUCUAUGGCUGGGAGCAAACGUCAUGUUUAUUCAUGUUGCUUAUCAUAUCUGCAGGUUUGAGUUCUUGUCUGUCUUUAUGGUGCAGGCCGCUACUCUUCUGCAAAAAAAUUUAGAUAACGCUAAAGCCAGUUUAGAAGUUCUUGUUGCUGAUCUACAAUUCUUGAGAGAUCAAGUGACAAUAACUCAGGUCACCAUUGCUCGUAUAUAUAACUGGGAUGUUCAUCAGCGCAGAAUUCGACAAGUUGCUGCUGCGAAAGACACGUGAAAUUAAAACCAUCCACCCAGAUUCACAGGUGCAGAAUAUGUUUUCCUUGUGAGAGUAUGGUCCUGAUCUCUCUUUUUUUUUUGCUUGAAUUAGGUGAUUGGAUUGUCUCCCUUUACCUUCAGGAGUCGAUGAUCUAUUUCAAGGAUUCUUUUUACUUCUGCAUUUCAAGUCCCAGAUUGUGGUUUAUUAGAAGUAUCUGUUUUCUAGGGAAAAUGUUAUGUUAUAAGAACUAGUUUUGAUGUAUGAUGACAGUGAUGGGAUUGAGCUAUAACAUCUGUAUUGCCCGUAAUUCAGAUUGGACAUGUUUGUUUUGCUUGGUGAAACUUUGGGAUAGCUAAUUACUUAUAACAACAUGCUUGAAAUGA